AUGGCAACACGAAACGUCGCCUCGAAAUAUCUCCAGGCGUUGGAAGAUACCUCACCAACCAGAUCACCUUUGAAGCAAAGUCUGAAAUUCAACACAAACACUCCGCUGAAAAACACUAAACAUGACUCUCCAGACUUGGAUGAUUUGGCCAGACAGAUGAACAUUGAAGUUUCAAACUCAAACUUGUCCAUGCUAAGGACCCGCUUUGAUUCUCCAUCUGCAACUGUGUCUUCUUUCAAGAUCUCGCCUAGGAAAGCAGAUAAUUACAACACUAGCCCUUCAAAAUUAAGACCUCAGGAAUCGAUAAAGAAGGUUGCCCAUUCAACAGUGACUACUGCGCCUCGCCAAAAUCAGUCGUCUUCACUGGUAUCUGGUGGCCCUGGAUAUGAAUACUUGUGCCGCAUUCAAGCAAUUAAAGAAUGGUUACAGAUUGUUCUUGAUGAAAAAAUUCUGCAGUCGCCAGUGGAACUCAUUUCUUACAUCAGAAAUGGUAUUUAUUUGGCCAAGCUAGCUAAUGUCAUUUUGCCCAAGAAACGACCCGUUUACACUAACGAUACCAAACUAGAGUUCAGACACACGGAAAAUAUCAACCGCUUCUUCCAUUUACUAGACUACUUAGAUGUUCCUGAUUUGUUUCGCUUUGAGCUCACAGAUCUUUAUGAUGCAAAGGAUGUGCCCAAAGUGUGGUACUGUUUACAUGCCAUGAGUCAUAAAAUCAACCAGUUCAACCCUUCCUACCCUGCAAUGGAAAAUUUAGUGGGGCAACUUGAUUUCAGCGAAUCUGAUAUCAAGACAGCCACAAAAUCUUUGGUUAAUGGGCAUUUACCUAACUUCUCGAGUGCUGAUUCUGGUCAACCGGGAUCUCCUCUGAGAAAUACAUACAUGGCUAAAACCAUGACAUUAAGUCCUGAGAAGGUGGUACACAAAGAAGAUUCGAGCCGAGAUGACAAAGCAAAACCAAACGAAAAUCCAUUCACAGAUGAUAAGUCCCCAGAGUAUACAGCUUCCAACUAUCGGUUGAACAGUGUGAAGAAGCCUGAUCUCUUUCCCUCGAAUACCCAAGAGCUUCAGUCUCCUCUUAAGUAUCGUUCUGAAACUUUCCCUGCCAAUUUUUGA